AUGGCGGACGUCAAGAGCAAGAACCUCUACGAGCUAUUGGGCAAUACCUCGGACCAGGAUUCUGACCGCGAACCUGAACCACCGACCAAAGCCGUCGACAAACCGGCAGCGCGAGUUGGCAAACGUGAUGCUCCAAAAGCAGCACCAACUGAAGCACCGUCUGCUCGUGGUCGUGGUGGCCGAAGAGGCGGGUUUACCGGCAAUGAAGCAGCAUUCCGCGACAGAGCCACUGGCCGUACAUACAACCGUGAUCAGCCAACUGAAGGAGAAGGUGCAGAUGGUUUCGGCAACAAGCCAGGUCGCACCCAGGGUUCUGCCGGCACACGACGAACUGGUCGCGGAGGCCCAACCCAACGUCGGGGUGGUGAUCGACAUGUGAACCGCACUGGCAUUGCUGAACACCCCAAGCAAGCUGGUCAUGGAUGGGGCGAAGCCACUGGCGAGGGCGAAUGGGCGGAUGAGAAAGCCGGUGAAGCAAUUGCCAAGCAAGAAGAAAAGGAAGGUGGAUGGGAUGCAGGUGCUCAGGCCGAAGGCUGGAAUGAGAACGCCGAGCCAGUCGCCAUUCCCGAAGGCGGCGAGGCCAUUCCAGACGCUGACGCCGAACCGGAAUCCAACCACAAGUCCUAUGCCGAGUAUCUGGCCGAAAAGGCAGCUCAGAAGCUUCAAGGCCUUGGUCUCAAGGAGGCUCGCGCACCCAACGAGGGCACAAAAGAGGACAAGAAGUGGAAGUCGGCCAAGGAACUAACCAAGGAAGAGAACGCCGACUACUUCAAGGGUGAAGAAAAGGCCAGGCGAGAGCGUGAGCGUGCCACCAAGAAAGAAUUCCUCGAUAUCGACUACUCUUUCAAGGAGCAGCCUCGCGAGUCUCGUGGACGUGGUGGUCGCGGUGGCGGUCGUGGCCGUGGAGGCAGCGAUCGUGGCGACUUCCGUGGCCGGGGCCGUGGCCGCGGUGACCGUGGAGAGUAUCGUGGACGUGGCCGUGGAGGUCGCGGCGGUGAUGCUCCAGGAGUCGCCGUCAACGACGAAUCAGCCUUCCCCAGCCUUGGUGGAAAGUAG